AUGACGGAUGCGGAUGACAAGCUGGCAGACUACUGGGCGUGGUGUGCGCAAAAUGGCGUCGUAAGCAAAAAGCUGUUGCUGCACAGGAGCGUGCAAGGACUCAUGCCGCAGUUCUCUCUUUGCCUUAAUGAACCCGUGCGUGCUGGCGCGGUUGUGGCGACCGUGCCGUACCUUGUGACGCUGAACGCACAAACGAUUAGGGGGGACAUGAAGCCCGCCGCGGUGCCCCCUGUCCGUGCGAUGUGUGCAUUUCUGGCACGGCGUCGUCGGAUGGAUGUUGUUACCGCGCGGGCCCUCUGGCUUGCCUGCUGUUUGGCGUGCUACAGGCGGCUGCUUCUGCAGGGACACGCGUUAGGCAACGCACCUCUUUUUUCGCGCCGGCUAAUGCCAGAAUUACCGUCGCCCUUUACAUCGGCGCAUAUCCAAGCCUAUCCGGCCCUCGCCGCCGCCCUACCGGAGGGCGUGAAUGACGGUGCCGCGGAGGAGUCGUUCCUCUCACCGCUGCGGAGACAAGUAGAGGGGCAGCUGCGUGCCACGCAUGCCGCGCUGCGCUUCUAUCAGCGGCGACGAUCACCGCAUCUGUCGCAGCAGCUUGUGCCCAGCUUUGAUGAGCUGCGCAUGGCGUACCGCACGGUGCUUCAUCGCAGUCUCUUGUUGCCUGUGGACUGCGUCCCGUCGUCGCCGGGUGACUUGGCGGACUUGUUCAGUGAGCGCCCCGACCUCGAUCUCUUGCCGACGCUUGUGCCACUUGUCGAUGUUAUUCGAAGCUCCGCCGCAGCACGGGGGUCGACGGAGGCCGCGGGCAGAGACGCGUGCGGGGGGCGGGAUGACGGCACUGCGGCGAAUUGUGCGCUGCACACCUGCACACACGCCGACUUUCUCUCCUCCGGGAGUCGGCGGCGUGUCGUUUUUGAAACCGAGCCCCUUUCCAGCCGGUGCGUGGUGGUGUGCGCCACACGAGACCUGAAAGAGGGGGAGGAGCUCCUGCUGGACUACGGCUCUGCGUGA